AUGCAGCACAAGCAGUUAAACCGCACGAUCGCUAUCACGAUCGGUCUGGUAAUGUGUGCGGUGUACGUACUAUACACGUUCCAUGCCUGUCUGCUGUCUGGUCUCAACCGCAGCUUCCAUCAGGCAGCGGCUGUGGCUACACUAGAACCAAUCGUGCCCGUGACAGUUGUCGAGCCAACACCACUACCGCAAGUGCGUAUCCUCGGCUCGAUCGUCCGUAUCGUACCACUAGUGGCCGAUGACGCAGUCUCUCACCAGGUGACACGUACAGUACACCUGCUCACUCCAAACGCGACCGAUGGGUCACCAAAGUACCGCUUCCUGCGCCAGCAGGGCUUGCAACCAUCGCGCCACCUACCCGACGCGCUCAUCAUUGGUGUGAAAAAAAGUGGGACACGAGCCCUGCUAGAGUUCGUCCGAUUGCACCCAGACGUGCGGGCAGCCGGUUGCGAGGUACACUUCUUCGAUCGACACUACGAGAAGGGUCUGGCCUGGUACCGACACCACAUGCCACCCACGAUCGAGGGUCAGAUCACGAUGGAGAAGACACCGAGUUACUUCAUCACGCGCGAGGCUCCACGCAGAGUGCGCCAUAUGAACCCGGCCACGAGGUUGUUGGUGGUUGUGCGCGACCCAGUCACACGAGCCAUCUCCGAUUACACGCAAGCCCGCAGCAAAAAGCGUGACAUGAAGCGAUUCGAGGAGCUGGCGUUCACGAACGGAUCCUCCGGUGGAGUCGUCGACACCAGCUGGGGACCAGUGCGUAUCGGUGUGUACGCGAAGUACCUCGAACGGUGGCUCGAGUUUUUCCCACUGUCGCAACUGCUGUUCGUGAGUGGCGAGCGGCUGAUUGCCGACCCAGCUGUGGAGCUUGGACGCGUGCAGGACUUUCUUGGGUUGAAGCGCGUGGUCAACGAGAAGCACUUCUACUUCAACUCAACGAAGGGGUUCCCGUGUUUACUGAAGUCGGAGGAGCGUUCCAGCCCGCACUGUCUCGGAAAAACGAAGGGUCGCAACCAUCCACACAUCGACGGGAUCGCGAUCGACAGACUGCGCGAGUUCUACCGGCCGUUCAACCAGAAGUUCUACCACCUGACCGGCAUCAACUUCGGCUGGCCGUAG